GUCCACCACCUUUGAUUCUGUUCUCUCCGCCGUCGAAGUAAACUAGUCUCGUUAUCAUCACCACCCAUCUUCAACCUUUCACCACAUCUUCGACCUUACAUCAACCAUAUUUGGCCAGUUGCGAGUAAAAAAACAAAUCAACAGCAUGUGAGUCGCUAGAAAAAUGACUUUUGACCAAGAAUUCCUGCACCGAUUCCUUCAACAAUAUUCCCUCGGUCUCCUCUCCAGAAUAUCACCCUUUCAACUUUCAACUCCCGCCUCGGUUCUCGUUUCACCAUCUUUUACCUUAUCACCACAACGUGUCAGUACCACCGGUAAAAAAAAAAGGGCUCAGUAGUACGAACUACGAACUACAUAGAGCCAUUGUGAGACUCUGCCUGCCUUUUUACCUCCCCACUUUAACUCCAACUCCCUCUUCUUCUUCUUCAAACGUACGCUUCCUAGCUCUCAGUACUCUCACACACACUCAGCUUGUUCAUUACAUAAUUAUCUCAGUUCCAUCAUUUCAAUUCAGAAAAUUGUGAAGAAAGAGAGAGAGAGAGAGAGAGAGAGAGAAUGCUUUCUUUCAAUGAGUUGUUGUUGGAGCGAAAAUAUCACAGGGGAUACAACUUCCCCUCCUCCUGGUCGCCGUCGGUGGUCAACAUGAAGGACGGUGCAGAUUCCGUCACGAGCUCAGCUGCUUCCCUGAGCCACAAGGAAGCCGAGAGGCGGCGCAGGCAGCGUAUCAACACCCACCUCUCCACCCUCCGUUCUCUCCUUCCCAGCACCGCCAGAACGGACAAGGCGUCGCUGCUGGCGGAGGUGGUGCAACACGUGAAGGACUUGAAGUGGCGGGCUGAUGAGCUGGCGCGACAGGAGGGAGACUCGUCGCCUUUUCCCGGGGAGUUGGACGAGGCGAGUGUGAGUUACUACGGCGAAGGGCUUUUGAAGGCGACGCUUUGCUGCGAGGAUAGGCCGGGUCUGAACCGGGACUUGGUCCAGGCGAUCCGGUCGGUUCGGGUCACGCCUGUUAAGGCCGAGAUGGUGACGGUCGGUGGAAGGACUAAGAGUGUGGUGGUGAUGAAGCGGACUGGUGGCGGCGGCGGGGAGGAGGAGGUGAAGGAUUUGAAGGUGGCUUUGAAAGCGGUGGUGGAGAAUCGAGCCUUCGGUUCCCGGGUCGGUCUAUUGGGGAAGCGGGCUCGGUUUUACAGGUCGGUUUAGAAAGGAAAGCACAUGUAAUAAUGGGUUGGUGUAUAGAAACAUAACCACGAGUGUGUACGUAGUUUGAAGUUCUUAAUUUAGUCUGUCAAACAAUGUUAGGACUUGGGGGGGGGGGUAAAAGAAUCAAACUGUUUGGAUUAUGUAUUUGAGGGUUUAGGGUUUAGCAAAGAAAAUUUGGGAUGGUGUUAUAUUGGAGUUGGGUUACUUGAUGAAAUUAGAUAGGAGUGGACACUACUUUAUGAAUUAUGUAUGAACUAAUGUAAUCUUGUGUUAACAUAUAUAAAAAUGGU